GUCAGUUAAGUUGCUUAAAGGCUAAGAAUGAUAUAUAGCAGUAGCUAUAAAUAGAACAGUUUACUCCAUUAAGUCAUAAACUCAAUACAGAACAUUUUACUCCAUCUUCGAAUUGGUGCUGAGUUUUAUGGAGAGCGUAACUUGCCUUUUGGGGUAUUAGAGUCUCUUGAGUUUGUGGAAAUGCAGCAUUGGAAGGAAAGGCUUCGUUUCCUACAGGGUCACGAAAGUGGUGUUUUCCCUUACCUGAAAUCAUUCUUAGUAAAAAAAGGUUCUCAACUGGAGGAAACGGAAGGACCAAGGCAAAUGGAAUCGAGUUGCACAGAUUUAAACGGUGAAGGCUCCCUCGCCAUGGUUCAGGCAGAACUAGACGCAGUACCUCUCAAAUGCGCACCCAUUGUGUCGUCCUACAACGACAAGAUCCGCCCUCUUCUGGAUGCGGUAGACAAGUUACGCAGCUUGAUGGUGAUGGAUGAAGGCAUUCAGCUGCCAACGAUUGUGGUGGUCGGAGACCAGUCAUCGGGGAAGUCCAGCGUGCUCGAAUCCUUGGCCGGCAUCAGCCUCCCUCGGGGCCAAGGCAUCUGCAGGAGAGUGCCUCUUAUUAUGAGGCUGGAACACCACUCGAGUCCUCAGCCUGAACUUUCCUUGGAGUACAAUGGCAGAGUUGAUCGUACUGAUGAAGACAAUAUCGCCAAAGAUAUUGUGAAAGCUACUAAUUCUAUUGCGGGAGGAGGUAAGGGAAUUUCGAACACGCCACUUAAUUUGUUGGUGAAGAAGAAUGGGGUUCCGGAUCUGACUAUGGUUGAUCUUCCGGGAAUCACAAGGGUUCCGGUCCAUGGCCAACCUGAAAAUAUUUAUGAUCAGAUCAAAGAUAUGAUCAUGGAGUAUAUUAAGCCGGAAGAAAGUAUUAUUCUGAAUGUAUUGUCUGCUACGGUGGAUUUUACUACGUGUGAGUCAAUUCGGAUGUCACAAAGUGUAGAUAAAACUGGUGAGAGGACGCUCGCUGUGGUUACGAAAGUGGACAAGGCACCGGAAGGACUACUUGAGAAGGUCACCGGAGAUGAUGUAAACAUUGGUCUUGGUUAUGUCUGUGUAAGGAACAGGAUUGGUGACGAAACUUAUGAGGAGGCAGCGGCGAUGGCUCAUGAACUAUUUCAAACCCAUCCCCUGCUUUCGAAGAUUGACAAGUCCAUUGUCGGUAUUCCAGUUUUAGCACAGAAGCUGGUCCAAAUUCAAGCAAACAGCAUAGCAAGAAAUAUACCCGAUAUAGUGAAGAAGAUCAAUGACAGGCUGAACUUCUGCAUUAUGGAACUGAAUAAAAUGCCAAAGAGUCUUUCAUCUGUUGCCGAGGCCAUGACGGCCUUUAUGCAAAUCAUUGGCUUGGCUAAGGAAUCGCUUAGGAAGAUUCUUUUGAGAGGAGAAUUUGACGAGUACGCAGAAGACAGCAUGCACUGCACUGCUAGAUUGGUCAACCUGUACUCUGAUGAACUUCACAGAUGUGCUGAAACUGAUGCAAAGAGCAACUUCUUGAUGAAGGAGAUCAAGAUCUUGGAGAAGGCCAAAGGUAUUUCACUUCCAAAUUUUCUUCCACGCAAUGCUUUCCUCAGUAUCUUGCAGGGAAAAGUGGAUGAAAUUUCGAGUAUUCCGAUAGCAUUUGUGGAAAAAGUGUGGAGCUACAUUGAAGAGGUGGUUAUUUCUGUGUUGAUGCAUUAUACGGAGAACUAUCAUCAGCUGCAGCUGUCAGCAAGGCGUGCCGGCCAUAAUCUAAUGGCCAAGAUGAAGGAAAGGUCAAUCAAGUGGAUGCUGGAGCUUGUAGAGAUGGAAAAGCUGACAGAUUAUACAUGUGAUGGUGAUUAUGUUUCCGAAUGGAACAAGUUGAUGGCUAAUCAAAAUGAAUUCAUUCAUGGAGUCUUAGCUGAUGAGAAGAAACCUUCUAUCAUAGAUAUAGAAGGCAUCGGGGAAGUGGAAGUCGGUUGUCUGAGGAUGUACCCGCUUGUGUUAGGUCAAGCUUAUGACCUUAAAAUGAGAAUGAUUGCCUAUUGGAAGGUUGUUUUGAGGAGGCUUGUGGACUCCAUGGCAUUGCACUUGCAGCUGUCUGUCUUUAAGCUUGUGAACAAAGAGUUGGAAGCUGAGAUUGUGAAUGAGUUGAUGGGACCAUACGGCGGGGGAAUCGAGAGGAUGCUGGAGGAGUCGCCGGCAGUGGCAGUAAAGCGUGAGAAGCUUAACAAAAGCAUAAAAAAGCUGAGGGAUUCUAAGGAGGUGGUGGCCAAGAUUAUGGACAGCAUUACCACUUAUGGUGAUUAACUAUCUUGCCAAUUAGCUUUGAGGGUACUACAAAAGUGGUCUAAAAUAAAAGUAUGCAGUCUGUUGUCUAAUGUGGGUGUUUGUUUGUUUCUCAACUUUAGUUUUUAUGUUCUUUUGUUUCCCUUGUGUUCUUGUUAUGUGGUAGUCGUAGGAUUGUGGUAAUCCAUGUCAAGUUUAAUGUUAACUUCGACUUUUUGCCUCA